UUUUUGGAUCAAGAAGCAAGGCUCGGAGAGGGGCUUGAGAAGGAGGUGCACAGGCGAUUUCGGGGUUCAGAGAGAGGGAAAGAGGGUGGUGGUUGCACAGAGCCUCCCAGGCUUCUUGAUCAAAGCAUUCCGCUAUUCUGAUUUAUUGCCUGCUUGGUUGAGUUAAUUUUUUUUUUUUCCUUCUUCUUCCUCUUCUUCUUCUUCUUCUUCUUCCCUCCUCUAAAGGAGACCUGUGUGUUCAGCCAUUACUUUGCUCCGCGGCGCUUGUUCCCAAGCAUCUCCGACCCUCGGUGCUGUUUGGGGGGGGAUCCCCCCAUACUUGGGCUCCUCGCCUCUCGCCCUCGUUCUCCCCCCCAAUCCCUCCUCCUCCUCCUCUCUUCUCUCUCUCUCCGCCCCUUCCCCCCUUUUCUUUCUCCUCUCUUUCUUCCCUUCUCCCUCUCUCUCUCUCCCCCUUCUUUCGGCCGCCGUCUCCCCCGCGCCCUCCUUGGGGCGGAGGGAAAGCCGUGCAAGAGGAAGGGAGGGCUCGGUGUCAAUUUUUUUUUUGGGGUGUGUGUGUGUGUGUGUGUGUGUGUCCGCGGUUAGAGCCUGUGGCGCGCGGGCGACGAACGGGGAAGACCCCCCCCUCCUCCUCCUCCCCCGGGCACACCGUACAGCCAUGGAUGGCCCGACGCGGGGCCAUGGACUCCGCAAAAAGCGACGGUCAAGAUCACAGCGAGACCGGGAGAGACGCUCCCGGGGCGGACUAGGAGGAGCUGGGGCGGCUGCCGCCGCGGCUGCUGUUGCUGCCGCUGCCGCUGUUGCCGCCGCCGCCGCCGCCGCCGCCGCUGGAACUGGCCGGACCCGGGCACCCUCGUUGGCUUCAUCGUCAGGCUCCGACAAGGAAGACAAUGGGAAACCCCCAUCCUCCGCCCCGUCCCGGCCCAGACCCCCACGGAGGAAGCGGAGAGAGUCCACCUCGGCCGAAGAGGACAUCAUUGAUGGAUUUGCCAUGACUAGCUUUGUCACUUUUGAAGCGCUAGAGAAAGAUGUAGCACUUAAGCCUCAGGAACGUGUGGAGAAACGUCAGACCCCUCUGACCAAGAAGAAACGAGAAGCUCUUACCAAUGGCUUGUCCUUUCACUCAAAGAAGAGCAGGCUCAGCCACCCGCACCACUGCAGCUCUGAUCGAGAAAAUGACCGCAACCUGUGCCAGCACCUGGGGAAGAGAAAGAAACUGCACAAAGGACUCCGACAGCUCAAGCCAGGACAGAACAGCUGCAGGGACAGUGACAGUGAAAGCGCCAGUGGAGAAUCCAAGGGCUUCCACCGGAGCAGUUCUCGAGAGAGGCUCAGCGACAGUUCAGCUCCUUCCAGCUUGGGAACAGGCUACUUCUGUGACAGUGACAGCGACCAGGAGGAGAAGGCAUCAGAUGCCAGCUCUGAAAAGCUCUUUAAUACUGUUCUUGUAAACAAAGAUCCAGACUUAGGUGUUGGCACACUGCCAGAACAUGACAACCAGGAUGCAGGGCCAGUUGUCCCCAAGAUAUCGGGUCUAGAGAGGAGCCAGGAGAAGAGCCAGGACUGCUGCAAAGAGCCCAUCUUCGAGCCUGUGGUGCUUAAAGACACUUGCCCUCAAAUUCCACAGCCACUCCCCCAGCCCCAGGCUGAGCCCCAGCUCCGAGCUGCUCCAUCUCCAGGCCCUGACCUGGGGCAACGCACCGAGGCUCCGCUCCAGCCUCCCCCUCCAAGUACGCAGCCACCCCAGGGCCCCCCAGAGGCCCAGCUACAGCCUGCCCCACAGCCUCAGGUCCAGCGGCCGCCCAGGCCACAGUCCCCCACCCAGCUGCUCCACCAGAGCCUCCCACCGGUACAGGCUCACCCCGCAUCUCAAAGCCUGUCUCAGCCACUGUCGGUCUACAACAGCAGUAGCCUGAGCCUCAACAGUUUAAGCAGUAGCAGAAGCAGCACUCCAGCGAAGACCCAACCGGCCCCGUCUCACAUUUCCCACCACCCGUCGGCCUCCCCAUUCCCCCUCUCCCUGCCCAAUCACAGCCCCCUACACAGCUUCACGCCCACCCUCCAGCCCCCUGCACACUCACAUCACCCCAAUAUGUUUGCCCCUCCCACCGCUUUGCCUCCUCCCCCGCCACUGACAUCCGGGAGCCUGCAGGUCCCCGGACAUCCUGCCGGAAGCACUUACUCAGAGCAAGACAUCUUACGGCAGGAACUGAACACGCGUUUUCUGGCCUCUCAGAGUGCUGACCGCGGGGCGUCCCUGGGUCCUCCUCCCUACCUGCGGACCGAAUUCCACCAGCACCAGCACCAGCACCAGCACACCCACCAGCACACGCACCAGCACACCUUCACCCCGUUCCCCCACGCCAUCCCUCCCACCGCCAUCAUGCCGACGCCAGCACCUCCCAUGGUGCGUACCCCAGGCAGAAAUUUUGACAAAUACCCCACCAAAGUUGACCCGUUCUACCGGCACAGUCUCUUCCAUUCCUAUCCUCCUGCAGUCUCGGGCAUACCCCCCAUGAUCCCACCCACUGGCCCUUUUGGUUCACUCCAAGGAGCAUUUCAGCCGAAGACAUCCAACCCUAUCGAUGUGGCUGCUCGGCCUGGGACGGUCCCGCACACAUUACUCCAGAAGGACCCGAGGCUGACAGAUCCUUUCAGACCUAUGUUAAGGAAACCAGGGAAGUGGUGCGCAAUGCACGUUCACAUUGCCUGGCAGAUUUACCACCAUCAACAGAAAGUCAAGAAACAGAUGCAGUCAGACCCACACAAGCUGGACUUCGGGUUGAAACCUGAGUUCCUGAGCCGUCCUCCAGGCCCCAGUCUCUUUGGAGCCAUCCAUCACCCCCAUGACCUGGCAAGGCCUUCUACUUUGUUCUCUGCCGCUGGUGCUGCACACCCUACCGGGACCCCUUUUGGGCCCCCUCCCCACCACAGCAACUUCCUCAACCCUGCCGCCCACCUAGAGCCUUUCAAUCGGCCGUCUACGUUCACGGGCCUGGCAGCGGUUGGCGGCAAUGCCUUCGGGGGACUUGGCAACCCUUCAGUUACACCCAACUCAAUGUUCGGCCACAAGGAUGGCCCCAGUAUGCAGAACUUUAGCAACCCUCACGAACCCUGGAACCGGCUGCAUCGAACACCUCCAUCGUUCCCGACCCCUCCGCCCUGGCUGAAGCCCGGGGAACUGGAGCGCAGCGCGUCCGCUGCAGCCCAUGACAGAGAUAGAGAUGUAGAUAAACGAGACUCAUCCGUUAGUAAAGAUGACAAAGAAAGGGAAAGCGUGGAGAAAAGACACUCUAGCCAUCCCUCCCCAGCACCUACCCUCCCGGUGAGCGCCCUGGGCCAUAACCGCGGCUCCACCGAACCUACGAACACGACGCCCACCACGACGACCAGGGGUCACCUGAACACUGAGGCUCGCGAGAAAGACAAACCCAAAGAGAGGGAGAGAGACCACUUGGAACCCCGAAAGGACAUGACCGCCGAAGAGCACAACAAGGCCAAGGAAGGCCACCUGCCCGAGAGGGAUGGGCACGGGCACGAGGGCCGCGCUGCAGGCGAGGAGCCCAAACAGCUGGCUCGGGUGCCGUCGCCCUAUGCGCGGACCCCGGGCGUGGACAGCGCCAGGCCCAACAGUACCUCCAGCCGGGAGGCCGAGCCACGCAAAGGCGAGCCGGCCUACGAGAACCCCAGGAAGAACUCCGAGGUCAAAGUGAAGGAAGAGCGCAGAGAAGAGCACGAUCUGCCGGCCGAGGCCGCGCCGGCCCACCGGACCUCGGAGGCGCCUCCGCCCAGCUCCUCGGCCAGCGCCGCCGCCGUGCACCCGGGGCCCCUGGCAUCCAUGCCCAUGACGGUGGGCGUGGCGGGCAUCCACGCCAUGAAUAGCAUCAGCUCUCUGGACAGGACACGGAUGAUGACACCGUUCAUGGGCCUCAGCCCCAUCCCCGGGGGAGAGCGUUUCCCGUACCCCUCUUUCCACUGGGACCCUAUGAGGGACCCCUUGAGGGACCCCUAUCGUGACUUGGAUAUGCACCGCAGGGACCCUCUGGGCAGGGACUUCCUGCUGAGGAAUGACCCUCUGCACCGACUCUCCACACCCCGGCUGUACGAAGCCGACCGCUCCUUCCGGGACAGGGAACCCCACGAUUACAACCACCACCACCAUCACCACCACCACCCGCUGGCCGUGGACCCACGGCGGGAGCACGAGCGCGGCGCACACCUGGAGGAGCGCGAGCGGCUGCACGUGCUCCGGGAGGACUACGAGCACCCACGGUUGCACCCCGUGCACCCCUCGUCCCUGGACGGCCACCUCCCGCACCCGGGCCUGCUCACGCCAGGCCUGCCCAGCAUGCACUACCCGCGCAUCAGCCCCACGGCGGGCCACCAGAACGGACUGCUCAACAAGACCCCGCCCACCGCAGCGCUCAGCGCCCCGCCCCCACUCAUCUCCACGUUGGGGGGCCGCCCGGGCUCCCCACGGAGGACUACGCCUCUGUCAGCUGACAUCCGGGAGAGGCCACCGUCCCAUACACUCAAGGACAUUGAAGCCCGAUAAGUCAGGAGGGUGCAAGGGGAGGGGUGAAGGACCCAACCUCGAGGGACACUCCCCCCCCCCAGCCCCGCAAGACUCCAGAGACACCUCCUGCACCCCACGGACAGGGGGAUGCCAAGCCCCACCUCUUCCCCUGUUUAAAAAAAAAAAAGACAAUGUAUAUAAUCCAUGCAGAUUUUGAAAAUUUUUUUUUGUAUAUUAUUUGUUGAAAUUUUUUCAGAUCUUUUAGGCAAGCCCUCUAUAUGUUUUCAUGUUUCCUUACACUUUUUUCCCCCCCGCCUUGUAUCACACCUUUUGAUUUGAACCAAAACAGUAAGAUGACAACAUACACUGAUUUGAGGAUGAUGCGGGGUUGGGGUGGCGGGGUCGCAUCCAUCAGGCAGAGCUCUUUCUGAGGAGGAGGUGUGUACAUAGUGUGUAAAAAGAGAUUGCUUCGUGAGCUGACGGUUCAUAUAUGCAAAAGAUAAGAAGAAAGCUUUACUUUGUACAAAUGUAAAUAAAGAUGAAGUAACAUAAUACAUUAAUACUUCUUAAAAUGUGCUGUUGCAAACCUAUUAUCAGUGAACACAGCCCGCCAAGGCCACGUUCCCAUCCGCUAAACCCCCUCAACUAUGCAAUGAAUGUUAGGGCUUUUCAUGAAAGCCCGCCCGACUCAAAGGAGCCUUCUCAAAUCCAUCUACAACAUACUCAAGGUCAUAUUUUCCCUGAAAAAGCGCUUACGUGAUAGGACUGUUUUCCUUGCUUGUCCCCCACCUUUUUUUUUUUUUAAACAAAUGGAGAGGAGAAAAAAAAAAACACUUAUUUUUGCAAAUCAGACCCCAGACUAGAACUCUGCAUCUGAUGUGGCUGCAUUUGAAGUUGGGCUUCCUGGGAGGGGGGCAGAGGGGAGAUAGGGAAAAUGAAAGCCCAGGAAGGCAGCUAAGAACCUGGGCAGCUUUGCCUGGAGAAGGUGGCACUUGUCAGAUGUCAAAAUCAAGGGUCAGGUAGAUGGUGUCUGCCAGUAUCAAGCACGGUUACCCUUGAUCCCAUGAUCACGCACACACUUCGAGUGGGAAACAUGCCUUUUUUUUUCUUUAAGUGUGUCAUAGUCCAUACGCUGUACACACUUCCUCGUUCUGUAAUGCAAUUGAACAACACCCAAACAGAUCCUGAAAGAAAGCGUACAGUUUUCUCAGAUGAUGGAUAUGUUGUUUUUGUUUUUUUUACUGUAUUCAAUAACCGACGAAUUUUAAGGGACAACCCAUUUCCCGGUUUGACUCGUUUUAUUACGGUUAGGAUUCAAGUCCGGAAACAAAACAGGUCGACCUCGCGGAGACAUCGAGCCAUCGAGAAUGACCGAGGUGAAAUUGACAGAAUAUUCUUGUGUGUGCGUGUGUUUUUUGAGUUCGCAUCAAUCUAACGUCUCUCUUCAUGAUACUUUUAUAAUACAUUAAGCCUCUUGUCUACAUAUUUGGAGAGAAUAUGACUUUACUAGCAGAGAAAUACAAUAUAUCUUGUCUACUGGACUGUAAAAUCCAUGUAAGAAAUAAAAUUAGUUCCAUUUGGUCCUCUAGUAUAUUAAAGUGCUAUCUGACGUUGUUAUCCUGUUUUUGCAAAAAAAAAGAAAAAAAAAAGGUUAACUACAGACAAUUGUUUCUAAAAGCAGAGAGAUCUAUUUUAGUAGUAAAAUGAAGGUUUAGUUGUGAAAUUCAGAUUUUGUGAACACCAGACGUUGUGCAGUGUUUUGUUUUGUUUCGUUUUUUUUUUUUUUUAAGACAACUAAAAUAAAAAAAAAAGAUUUCCAAGGAAUAUGUACACUGGAACUGUAGUGGUAGCUUUCAGUAUUGUAAAGAGAUUGUUCUACACAGACCUUUUUCCUGUUUCUCCUAUAUGUAAUAAAGUCCUUUCUGGACCCUCUGUGAACAGGGAAGGGAAGCACCAGAAUCUUUGGCAUGUCUCAUCGGAGGAGCUUUCUUGUGUAACGUAAACUGUGCCAUGUUAUUAAAAAAUGUGAACCAA